AUGGCAUCGCCUUCUUCCAACACCCACUUUGAUCCUUUGGAAGUGCCAGAUGGUUAUGACUGGACCAUCAGGGACUUCAGCUAUUCCCAAUUCGCCCCUCUUGUCAUUCAAUCUACCUCUAUACUGGCGGAGCCAUCUAUAGCACCUGCGGAUCCUCUUCCAUAUACCUAUCCCAUACAGUAUACUAUUGCAAGCGUUGGGCCUAGCUUCGCUGUGUCUUCUGCCUCACCCUCGACUUGUUCCGAUCUGUGUUGCUUCAACAAAAAUGCCAUACGCCAAUCUCUAAUCGAGAAUGACUGUGCAGCUACGGGCCCGGCGACAGGAUAUCUCGGCGCUAGGCACGACACCGGUUGCACCAAUUUACCAGCAUCUACUUCAUCUGUUCAGAUGACAUCUCAAGUCAAGACUGGCAGCGAUAGCUAUGUUAAGGGAAAGAGAGCUUCUGGUCGUAACCAAGGGCGACAGCAGAGACAGAAGAAACCCCACCGAUCUUUCCAAUGCCAUUGGAAGGAUUGCACAUACCGCGAUCCCUUUUCCGGAAAACCAGCGUUGCUGCGUCAUAUAGACACGCAGCAUAUAACUCCGCGCUCAUUCGAUUGUCCUUCAUGCAACAAGUCCUUCAAUCGAAAGGACAACAUGACUGAACACCUAGGGAGAGUUCAUUGGGAACGAGUUUGA